UCAAACAAGGCUCAUGUGAUUGGUUAUGUGCAGCAUGCACUGUAUGUUUUAUUGUCACUGAAAAAAGCAAGAUGUGACCAAGGUUAGUGUGAUAGCAGUUGACCCUGAUGAAGUGCGAAGAAGUGUUUGAACAGCCCACAGCAUAUGAAAUGCCUUGCAUGGAGGUCAACAUGAUUUCAUCAGACAUAGGUGGUGAUAUAACACAUGCAUACAAGCCCACACAAACCAUUAGACAACAAUGUAACGGACAUAAGAGUUAUGGUCAGAAUAAACAAGUCUCAAUAAACAAGCCUCAAUAUAAAUCAGGGCUCCCACAGACCAAAACAGAAGCUGUACCAUAAUAAAAGGAAAAAACAAGCUGGGAAACACACACAUUCACGCACCUGCAGCAUUAAAUAACCCCGACAGCUUCCCAUCCUGUAUCCUGUAGUGUUGGUACAUUAUGGUACUUUUCCUCAAAAUAACUCACAAUGUAGUUUACAUAAUGAAAACAUGACAUCAACGGUGUACCCGUGUAUUCGUAAAACGUAUUUAGUUCAUUUUAAACGUGUACUCUUGUAUGCAGUUGACUCAGUUGUUCAGCAGUAACGUCUCUCCUUUAAUUAAUGUCAGUAAAUCAUUUAUCUGCUGACCAGUUAGCACUUGAAUUCAACACUUGUUUGUCCCAGGAACUGAAAAACAGUGUACUCUUUGCCAAGGUCAGUGCUCCCAACACAGCUGGCUGCAAUCCCCUAGACUGCGUAACGCACGAGUGCAGCUCUGCACGUAUACACAUCUCCUCCUCCUUUUCUCAAUCCCUCUCUCUAUCUUUCUCUUUCCCGUCGACGCCGCAGGACUGAAGGACAGAGGAUAACAAAGAGUUAACAGACAGUCGAGGCCUAUAAGUAGAUUUGCUUACUUUGCUUCUUUACUGUGCUUCCUGAGGUUUUAAAAGGCCAAUAUGGCUUAAAACAUUUGGUGUAAAUGUUCUUGUAAACAAAAUAUUUAAAUUCUCAAUAUAUUGUACUUGAAUCGUACGGGGGUUUUAUGUUUUUUGGACAUGAUACACAGGGAUGAGGUUAACUGUAAACUGUGUGAAGGAAGGAUGGUGUUUAAGCCAAUAAUGGGAUCAAAAAUCAAGUUGAAAAAAGGGCAGAUUUGGAAAACAAGGAGGUGAGAUUAAAAAGUCUGAGAUGUGAAUAUGAAGUAUUAAAGCUCUACAAAAUGGUUUCAAUCCAGAAUUAUAUCACUAUGCCCAUAACAUUUAAAAAAAGAAAUAAAAUCAAACAAAAUAUAUGUAAAGAAGCAUCAUGAUGACAAAGCCUGGUAAUCUAGGCCUGCACAGUGAAGAGGAAGAGGAUUGUUGUGUCAUGUUGAGUAAUACUGAGGAAAUGAGAGCAAAGGGGGAAAGGAAGUGAGUGAUACGGCUUAGUGAAGUGGUGAGACAGGAGAAGUUGAGGAUCAUGUGACACUAGUCCUCCUUACGAGCUCACAGAGAUAUAGAUGCAUGUUCUGUCUGCAGUGAAAACACCCACAGCAUUCUGUCCACUUUAUUGACCCUGAAGUACUGAUAGUUCUAGAAAUAUCCAUCAUUAGUAUCAGCACAUCUUAAAUAUCUAGUACCUAUUAUUAAAUACAUGUGCAUUACAUUGUGUAGUCGUGUACUUUACCUGAUGAAGCUAUUUCAGGUCCUAUUUGUCUAAUUAUUUUUGUCGCUUUUUGUUUUUUAUAAUUUUGCACAAUUAACUACGUUGCAUUACAUCUUCAUUUGUUUGUUUUUUCUGUUUAGCAAUACAACUACUAAGUACUAAGUUGCCACCACAUGCAGAGAUUUUAUAAAUUAAAAGUCCAGCCUAAAGCUGAGAGCAGCUAAUAUCUGGGUUGAGAUGAGACAAGCAAUGUCACUGUAUGGCUAAGAUCUUCUGUCAGGGCAAAUACCUACAUAGUUCACUAACAUGACAUAUAUUAUAUACAAACCCAGUCUAAGAGAACUGAAAUAUUCGAGUUCUUCAGUAUCACUGACACACUGAUCAUAAAACAACCUGUUUUAUUGGUGACAUUCAGAACAUUGUGUCUCAAAACACAUAACAUAUUCAAGUUACAGGUUUUUGGAAUAUUUCUAUUUUGGGACCUAAUUAAGUGGGUGCAUGAGUAUAUACGCAGAAUAAUAUGUUUGUGUUUAAAAUAAACUCGCUGUUUGAAAAGACACAGGCGGAAUGAACCUGCACUGCCACAUGUUCAGUUAGAUACACGCACACAACCACAGAGGCCUUAAGGAAAUAAAGUUUGUCCUAGACUACAUCCUGGAGAGCCUGGACCACACCCAGUAUUACAGUAAUCUUAUCACCACAGUACAAUAAAAACACAUACUUUGGACAAAUUAAAAAGAAACAUUCAAAUCAGAUACCUCUGGUUACUUUACCAGGCAACAGGAGUACAAAUAACUUUAAAAGGCUGAUGAUCCUUGCAGUUAAUGGUAAGAAUCACUAUUCGAAAGAAAAUCAGAUUAAUCUUCUGUUGAACCUCACAUGUGCCUAGAUUUGGAGAAAACGUAAAACAACCCUUAUUAAACAUGGAACAUCCAUUAAUAGUGUGAUUUUUAACAUUAUAUUUGCGUAUAUGGAAGGGUUCUGCAUACAUUUUUCAUUUACAUUUCAAUACUGUAUUUUCCUUUUUUUUUCUAGAAUAUAUACACAAUACAAUGACUGUUAUAUCCCCAAUUGUACAUAUAUUUGCAUAUGUACUGUAUGUAUCAAAAAUAGCAAUGAUUUUGUAUUUCGUAAAAUUAACAAACACCUAUAGUAUUAUGCAAAUAAUAUGAGAAUGUGAGUAGGCAUCAUUGAAGCAAAAGUCUCCUUUUCAGGAAUACACUGCUGCUGAAGUUGGAAAAUGUGUCAUAAUGCUGGAUAACUUAUCUGCAUGUGUAAGCACAAUGCAUGUGUGCGUAUAUAUGUAUGUGUGUAUACAAACAUCAGUCCCCCAUUGUGUUGGGGACAGUAGCGUGAGAGCGACCAAAGGGUCAGCUGCACAUCACAUCAAAGAUUUGGCUGUUUGUAAAAGACACCACUAUCAACACACACACACACACACACACACACACACACACACACACACAAAUACAUACUCCCAUCUGAGACCCUGCUGCAGCUCUCUACGCUCCUCAAACUCAACAAUCAGCUAUGACCGGCGUGGCAUUCUGGGUCCCGGUGGGCCAAAAAAGACAAAAGACCCUCAGGAAGAGGAUGUCCCAUCAUCCUCACUGAGGACACAGGCACGUAAUGUGAUGGCGUUCUGGAGUGUAUUCAUGAGACGGCACUUGCCGCCGGCCCUGUCCCACUUCGCCCGGACAGUGACGCUGGUCCGUCCUCCCGCAGCCCCGCUGAGGAGGCUGCACGGUUCGUCCCGACUGCGGCUCGGAGAGAAGGACCCGUGGGGGAAGAUCCGGGGUCCGGAGCAGCAGCAGCAGUACCAGCUCUCAGACCUGGACAAGGCGGACGCUUUGAUGCUGAGAAAGUCCCACGAGACAGGAUUCCUCUCGUGGUUCAGGAACGGUCUGCUGGCGACCGGGAUCGGAGUCAUCGCAUUUGUCCAGAGCGAAGUGGGACGAGAAGCAGGAUAUGCCUUCUUCAUCCUGGGCGGGGUGUGCGUGUCGUUUGGCGGUGCCUCGUACAUUGGCAGCCUUUUUGCCUUGCGGAGGAUGAUGCUGCUGUCUGUGCCAGCGCUGCUGCUCCAAGGCGCCGUGGUGGGCAGCGUCGCCCUCUUCUGGCUCUGUGCGGUGUCCCUCUACAUCGGCCGCCUGGAGGUGGAGAUCAUCCACGAUGGGGAGGAGGAGGAGGAGGAGGAGGGGAGGGGAGACGAUGAGGAGGAGUGCCGGGAGUGCCGCGAGAGGCGCGAGCACCGGGGUUACCGUGGCUCCCACAGCGGCAGACAUCACGGCAGGGAGGACAAGGGGCCGAACAAGUAGACACCUUAGAGGGAAACUGUGUGUGUGUGUGUGUGUGUGUGUGUGUGUGUGUGUGUGUGUGUGUGUGUGUGUGCACGCUAGCGAGCGAGCAAGCAGCCUACAUAUUCAUAUGUAGACUGUGUGACUCCAUCAAAGAUACAGACUUAUUGUUCACCGUUAUAUUGAUGUAAAGAUUAUUGUUUCGGUGAACAAAGACUUUCAGACCUUUUGCUCAGAAACAUUUUGGUAGUUGGACUACCUUCACUUCUUAAAUUUUUUUUUUUUUUUUUUGUUGUAAGAUUUAUUAUCAGAUAUAUUCAACGCUGCUUCACUUGCAUUAUCAAUCGGUCGGAAAAUAUGUAUUGACUUGUUACUUCCAACGUCAGGCGGAGUGCAAAGAUACACUGAGAACGUCUUAUGUCUGUUAAUAUAAGUUUAGUUUUCACUGCAUCGUAUGCAUUUAUUACUCAGCCAAUUGUUGUUGAAUGCCGUUUGUCUUAUCUUCGACAUGAUUUACUCCGACUACUUGAAGUUUUUAUACAAGUCUUGAAAUAAAACACGCUGGUUGUGAUAUGCUGUGAGAUCUAGAAAGAAUGAUCGUACUCUGUGCAUGUUUCAGGUCUGUCUUUAUCAAUCAGGGCUUACAAUGAUUUAUGUUUUGUUUUUACAGAUACCCCGCUAAGUAUGUGUUGUUGUUUUUUUUAAUUGUUUUUUUUUAAGGG